GCGGCCGCCCGAUCGUUUGCGACGGGCUGAAGCCGGUCCUCCGGCGGCCGGGCCUGCGUGGGUCUGUAGACCGCGUCUGCCGUCGCAGCCAUGGGAAAGAAGCAUAAGAAGCACAAAGCCGAGUGGCGUUCGUCCUACGAGGAUUACGCGGACGCGCCGCUGGAGAAGCCGUUAAAGCUGGUGCUCAAGGUCGGAGGCAGCGAGGUGACUGAGCUCUCGGGGUCCGGCCACGACUCCAGCUACUACGACGACCGGUCGGACCACGAGCGGGAGAGGCACCGAGAGAAGAAGAAGAAAAAGAAGAAGAAGGCCGAGAAAGAAAAGCACCUCGACGAUGAGGAGAGGAGGAAGCGGAAGGAAGAGAAGAAGCGCAAGCGAGAGAAAGAGCACUGUGACACAGAGGGAGAGGCUGAAGACUUCGACCCUGGGAAAAAGGUGGAGGUGGAGCCGCCCCCUGACCGGCCAGUGCGAGCAUGCCGGACGCAGCCAGCGGAGAAUGAGAGCACACCUAUUCAGCAGCUCCUGGAGCACUUCCUCCGUCAGCUUCAGAGAAAAGACCCUCAUGGAUUUUUUGCUUUUCCUGUGACGGAUGCAAUUGCUCCCGGAUAUUCAAUGAUAAUAAAACAUCCGAUGGACUUUGGCACAAUGAAAGACAAAAUCGUAGCUAAUGAAUACAAGUCAGUCACAGAAUUUAAGGCAGAUUUCAAACUGAUGUGUGAUAAUGCAAUGACCUACAAUAGACCUGACACUGUGUACUACAAGUUAGCCAAGAAGAUUCUCCACGCAGGCUUUAAGAUGAUGAGCAAAGAGCGGCUGUUAGCUCUGAAGCGCAGCAUGUCGUUUAUGCAGGACAUGGAUUUCUCUCAGCAGGCGGCUCUCUUGGGCAGCGAGGACACGGCCGUUGAGGAGCCUGUUCCUGAGGUUGUCCCAGUGCAAGUAGAAACUGCCAAGAAAUCCAAAAAGCCAAGUAGAGAAGUCAUCAGCUGCAUGUUUGAGCCGGAAGGGAAUGCCUGCAGCCUGACGGACAGCACUGCGGAGGAGCACGUCCUGGCACUGGUGGAACACGCGGCUGACGAGGCACGAGACAGGAUCAACAGGUUCCUGCCAGGAGGCAAGAUGGGCUACCUGAAGAAGCUAGGAGACGGGAGCCUGCUGUACAGUGUGGUGAAUGCCGCGGAGCCUGACGCUGAAGAAGAGGAGACGCACCCCGUGGACCUGAGCUCACUCUCCAGUAAGCUGCUACCAGGCUUCACGACACUGGGCUUCAAAGAUGAGAGGAGAAACAAAGUCACAUUCUUGUCCAGUGCCAGCACUGCCCUGUCCAUGCAGAAUAACUGCGUGUUUGGCGACUUGAAGUCGGAUGAGAUGGAGCUGCUGUAUUCGGCCUACGGGGAUGAGACAGGCGUGCAGUGUGCGCUGAGCCUGCAGGAGUUCGUGAAAGACGCCGGGAGCUACAGCAAAAAGAUGGUGGAUGAUCUCCUGGACCAAAUCACAGGUGGAGACCACUCGCGGAUGCUCCUCCAGCUGAAGCAGCGGAGGAACGUGCCCGUGCGAGCUGUGGACGAAGUGAAGAUUGGGGACUCUCUGGGAGACAGCAGUGGCUCUGUUCUGGAUUUCAUGUCGAUGAAGUCGUAUUCUGACGUCUCCCUGGACAUCUCCAUGCUUAGCUCUCUGGGGAAGGUGAAGAAGGAGCUGGACCAUGAUGAUGGCCACUUAAACCUGGAUGAGACAGCGAAGCUCCUACAGGACCUGCAUGAAGCUCAGGCAGAACGAGGUGGCUCCCGACCGUCCUCCAACCUCAGCUCCCUGUCCAAUGCUUCUGAGAGGGAGCAGCACCCCUCAGGAAGCCCUUCUCGCCUUAGUGUUGGGGAGCAGCAGGAUGUGACCCAUGACCCUUAUGAAUUCCUUCAGUCUCCAGAACCAGCAGCCCCUACAAAGAACUAACUUACAGGUUGGCCCAGGGAGUGGUGGCCUAUCUGUACCAUCGUGCCUCGUGUUGGUCACACAGAGACCCAGCGUCACUACUGCAGCCGUCCAUGAGCAGAGAGCUCAGCAUUGCAACCUGCAACCAGCUGUGCAGCUCUGUGUGGCCCCAGCUUCAGCCAGCUCGGCCCCUCCACACCAGUAUGGGCCACAGGCAUGGAGGGCUGCUCGGGAGCUGAGGCCAGGCCAGGGGGCAGCCUGCAUCCGUGUAUGUCAUGCUCAGGAGGGAGGUGUUGCACUGGAAGACAGGCAGCAGUGGCCGUGGAUCAGCAUCAAGCACGGCGAAGUAUCUGUACCUAGAUGUGUUUGUUGGAUGCCUGUGUGAACCACAGAUUCCUCGACACAGACGCCAAUAAAGUAGAGACUCUGAGCUGG